CGAUAUUUCAGGGGCAUCUCGAAAAGUUUUCGCAAGAAAGAAUGAGUUUACCUGACCCACAUUUAGAAUGCCCGUUGUAGAAGGGACCUCAGCGGCUAAGCUCAGAUCACGAGAGCCGUCGAAAGGAGUUCAGCGGCUGGCGCAGAUCGGGACACGUUCUGACUGUCUUGAGAGCAGCGACCCUGGGCGUGCACGUGCGCUGGGCGCCUUAGCAACGAACCGAGUUCCGGUGCGUAUUAUCGAGCAAGGUGUUGUUGGAGUGGGCCAGUGGUUGAUAGCUCUGUGCACAACGUUAUGGCGGUCGCCUGGAGAACGAAGAUUGGUGGCAGACGCGAAUGAAGAGGCAGAGACGGCUGAAACGUCUCACGCGAGGGCACAGAGCAAUGGAAACGAAGCUUUGCGUCAUCCUCCCAGAGGUGCUCGGGAACGUCGAGGGCCGAACGUUGAAGACCGGGAGCGGCGGCAAUCUAGCGUCGAUGUGCCUCCUGCAAAUGAUGUUUGUGCAAUUUGCCGUGAAUGGUUUGUUGUGCCUGUUCAAGCCAACUGUGGCCAUUGGUUUUGUGGGGAGUGCAUUCUGCGCGCAUGGCGGCAUGCGUCCUUAUUACAGCCGUGCCCGUGUCCGAUCUGCCGGAGGGUAAUCAAUCUGCUGAUCGUCAGCCAAUCAGCUUUCCAAUCGCCGCUUUCGCCGCAUAACCAGCAAGUAAUCCAUGAUGUUUCUGCGUACAAUGGCCGUUUUGGAGGAGGUCCCAUCAGCAUCUGGCAGAGAAUCCGUGAUAUGCCUCUCCUUCUACAGCGGCUGAUGUGGGAGUUAUGGGAUCCGCACAGGGCUUUGCGGCUUCUGAACAAUGCACGCAUUCUGGGCUGUCUCAUCAUUUCCAUCAUGUACACACUUCUACCAUUUGAUAUUAUUCCUGAAGGCAUACUCGGCAUCUUGGGGUUGCUGGAUGAUGCCCUGGUCCUCCUCUUUUUCGGCUUCCAGUUGAGCAUCGUGUACAGAAAUAUGCUUCUACAGCAAGGGCCCGCCCACUGAUUUCCACGGUAUGUCGGAUUCCCACACACACACACACACACACACACAGAGAGAGAGAGAGAGAGAGAGAGAGAGAGAGAGAGAGAGAGAGAGAGAGAGAGAGAGAGAGAGAGAGCAUAAGCAUACGUUGCUGACACAGCGUUGGCUCCACCGCAGACGGUGGGAUGCAUAAGCUAGCUCGAUGUUCGGCACGGAGGCGGAGAAGACGCGGCUAGAAAAGAGCUACUACGAGCAUCCAGUGUGAGUGAGGAAGGAGUCGAUCCUGUUAGACGGUGUUAGUAAACUGCCCUGUUCAUCUGUUUUGGUUGGCAUGCCUUCCCUCGUUUUUUUCCUUUUUUUUGGGCAUGCAUUCCCUUUACCUGCCUGUGUUAGGUGAUUGCUUCGUACGGAGGUAGAAAGCACCUCUCGUAGUCUUACUUUUGUCUUGUAUGUAGUCUUACUUUUCUUUUCUUUUCUUUCUUUUUUCGUUUCUUUUUUGUUGUUGUAAUGGAGCAGCAUUGGAACCUUGAUUUCUGCGUUUGGUGUAUAUAUAUAAUAAUAAUAAUAAUAUAUACUUGUAAACAAAAAGGAGCCCUAUGAAAAAUGAAAGCGCUUUUCUCUCCUUAGGGCUAUCUUUGAAGUUACUCUGCAUUUACUCUGCACUUACUCUGCACUUACUCUACAUUUACUCUGCAUUUACUCUUCAGUUACUCUGUAGUUACUCUGCACUUACUCUGCACUUACUCUGCACUUACUCUGAAGUUACUCUGAAGUUACUCUGCACUUACUCUGAAGUUAGUCUGGAGGUACUCUGAAGUUACUCUGAAGUUAGUCUGAAGUUACCGUGUUGUUGCAUUCAUUGUACUCGUGUAGAAUCGUUAGGACGGGUGGAUAGACAGUGCUAAACACAUUGAUUAGAAAAUUUUAGAAUGAAUAAAGUUCAGUAAA